UUCUUGUUCAUGCACCGAAGUCUAUCUUCCUGUUACAAAUUCUCCAUAAAUACGAAAAUAACACAGAGAACUGAAAGCUGAAAAUAAAAGCGAGCCUUCUAAAACAAAAGCCCAUCUCCACCAUCCUCUCACUCUCUAAAAUUUUCCUGUAAAAUGCUAACAUGAGAGACGCUAAAAGCACCCAUGCUCCUCUGCUGCCUCAAGUUGCCAAACACCGCCAUGGACAGAAGCUUCCUUCGUAAAUCCUUGCUGUUGUUCAUGCUCUUCCUCUUCAUCACCACUGCCACCUUCGCCGGGGCCAACGUUCCCGGCCACCCAUUACCAAGAGGCAAGAGCAAUGCCGCCGAGGGAAGAGAAGGUGACCCGUUUCCGCUUCUCCUGGCACGACGUGGUGAGCGGUAAGAACCCUACCAGCAUCACCAUCGUAAAAGGCGCAGCCUCCACUUCUUCCUUCGGCAAAGUCCAGAUGAUCGACAAUGUCCUGACGGAGGGGCCGGAGCUGACAUCGAAGCAAGUGGGGAGGUGCCAGGGGUUCUACGCGUCGGCGGCGCAGCAGGAUCCAGGGCUUCUGAUGGACAUGAACGUGGUGUUCACGGCGGGGAGGUACAAUGGCAGCACCCUCAGCAUCAUGGGCCGGAACCCGGUGCUGCACAAGGUGAGGGAGAUGCCAGUCGUCGGCGGCAGCGGCGCCUUCCGGUCCCGGAUGGCCCGCGGCUAUGCCCUGCUCAGGACCCACUUGAUCGACAACGCCACCUUCGAUGUCACCGUACAGUACGAUGUGGUUGUAGUCCACCAGUGAGUUAGUCGGCGGCAGGCUGGCCGGCCGGGUGGUUACCGUCUGUACCAUAAUGCCUUGUUUUUUAUGGGGAACACUUUGUUUUCAUGGAGGACUCUGUUUUUGUUUUUGGUUCUUCUGUUUGUUUGCCUUUUGAUUAUCAGACGAGAUUCAACUAUUGCAGUAGUAAUUGAAUGCAGAUUG